AAGUUGCCAUAAAUAAAAUUACAUUUAAAUUAUAGAGUAGCAACAUUAUUUGCUACCAGUGUACUUUUCCGCUAUUGGCUCUCACAAUAAACCGUUCAAAAUUCAUUACAACUGCCUUCAAAGUUCAAACGAUUUGCCGUUUGAAAUCUCUUUUGUGAAUUUGUCAACAAUCAUCAAUAUCUUUGCUUAUAAUUGUUAUCGUUUUAUUUGAUUUUACUCUAUUUUUAAGUUAAUUUAUAAUGACUUCGAUCAAAGAAGACGAAAAGAAAGAAAUUCCUGAAAUUAUUCACGAUCCUCAAACAAACAGCACAUAUCAGAGAUUAAGAUUCUUUGGAAAGGGUGGAUUCGCAAAAUGUUACGAAAUACAAGAUAUAGCUACGAACCAAAUCUAUGCUGGAAAGAUUGUUUCAAAGAAACUUAUGGUCAAAUCCAGUCAGAAGGAGAAAAUGUCACAAGAGAUCUCAAUCCAUCGGUCGUUGCAGCACAAACAUGUUGUUGGCUUCCACAGCUUCUUUGAAGACUCUCUUAAUAUUUACAUUGUACUUGAGCUGUGUAAGAGACGGUCCAUGAUGGAGUUACAUAAGAGAAGAAAAGCCAUCACCGAGCCAGAGACAAGGUUCUACAUGCAUCAGAUAUUACUGGGAGUGCAGUAUCUGCAUAGCCGAAGAAUUAUUCAUAGGGAUCUCAAGCUUGGUAACCUAUUUCUUGACGAUGACCUUCACGUCAAGAUCGGGGACUUUGGUCUUGCUGCUAAGAUUGAAUAUGAAGGGGAAAGAAAGCGCACGUUAUGUGGCACACCAAACUACAUAGCACCGGAAAUAUUGACUCGAGACGGUCAUUCCUUUGAAGUGGACAUUUGGAGCUUGGGCUGCAUCAUGUACACCCUGAUGGUCGGAAGACCACCAUUUGAAACGUCAACUCUAAGAGACACAUACAAAAGAAUCAAGCAGUGUGAAUAUAGAGAGGGGAUUUCCCUAGCUCUGCAGGCAUUCUCUGGGCCCUGGCAAGAGAUUGGCACACGUUAUGCUCAGGCUGUAGUCAACAAUAACACGAUCAAUCAACGCUACAGGAUUCCGUCGUCGCUCCGUAAGCCAGCCAUCUCUAUGAUAGGCUUGCAGUUACAAGCUAAGCCGUCCCAACGUCCGUCUGUGGACAAGCUGCUGCAACACGAGUUCUUCUCGUCCGGUAUCAUGCCGGCAGCUCUGCCACUGUCCUGUCUAACCACCGCCCCGAGAACCGAUCAGCUAGAAGGCGUUACAUUGCACAGGCGACCUCUCAACGAGGUCAAUACAAAUGAUCAGAUCAUGGCGGUCGACUCGCCGGUGAAGCGGGGCCCAGGAUUGGAACCGCGAGCCGUCGACCCGACCUCACACAGGCUCAAUCUGAUACUACUACGCGAUCAGCUCGCUACUUUACUGGGCGGCAAGCUGAAAUGCCGUCGGGAUAGUCUGAACGACGACAUGUGUGACCCGUCGUCUCAGCCGCUGGUUUGGGUGGGCAAGUGGGUGGACUACAGCGACAAGUACGGCUUCGGUUACCAACUCUGCGAUGAGAGCGUCGGGGUCAUGUUCAAUGACACUACCAAACUCAUCAUGCUCGCCAACGGAGUGAAUGUCCAUUACAUUAACCGGCAGGGCCAAGAACAGUACAUGACGAUGCGCGAGUACCCGCAAGAGUUGGACAAGAAGAUGAAACUGCUCACAUAUUUCAGGAGAUACAUGACUGAACAUCUCAUGAAAGCUGGGGCGUCUGUGCCAGUUCGAGAAAGUGACGGUCUGUCACGAUUGCCGCAUCUAGACCGAUGGUUUAGGACUACAUUGGCAGUCAUCAUGUACCUUACGAACGGAACACUACAGAUAAAUUUCCAAGAUCACACCAAGAUAAUACUCUGUCCUCUGAUGCAAGCCGUCACAUACAUAGACGUCGAGAAGAACUUCAGAACAUUCCGUUUUAGCACAAUCGAGAAGCACGGCUGUGAUAAAAAGUUGUACGCUAACCUGACAUAUGCACUGGAAAAAAUUAAAAGUGUAUUAGCAAAUAAACUGUGCUAGUCCCAAAUAUUAAAAUCUUUGACUAUGGACGUAGUAUUUGUUUAAAAUAUAAUGAAUUGAUUCUCCGCACAACGCAACAUGUAAAAGCCGAUGUGCUUUCUGUGCACUUUUAUGUAUUAAAUUUGUUUUUCUUAUUUUCAUAUAUAUUCGCGUCCCCUCGCCGUGCCCGCACGUUGGGGACGUCUAGAUUAAUUUUUUCCCAUCAAUCCGUUUGGAUGUCUCAUAGUCUAGUAAUAUUUAUUUCGCUAAAGCGCGCGGAUCAUGCGGCAUUGGCAGCAAUCAAUUUCGAUGCACGCACACUAAAUUAUGAUUUAUCGACAUUUAAGGAAUUGAAUUGUUACAUUUCCUCAUUAUUAUUUACCGAUACUAUUUUAGGAUACAUUGUAUUAACAUUCAUAUAAUGCGCCUCUGUAUGUUGUUCGUUGGAUAAGUUGAAAUUUUUAGUUUGGAUACGUAUUUCGGACCUUUGUAGGAGUAAAUAGUGCACCAUGACUGAGCGGCCGGGUGCUAGCUGUUACUAUUAUUUGGAUCUUUUUAUUUAGUUUUAGAACUAUUUUUUUUUAACAUAAUGUGCUUCACCAGCAUCUUUGCUUGUCAGAUUUAAAAAGAAAAAGUUAUGUAUUCAUAAAUUUUCUACUCGCUCUAUAGAUAUUUCUAAUAUAUUCAUAUUGUUUGGUUGCUUGAAGAUUGUAUUACUUGCGGAAUGUAUUUUUCUGAUAGAAACAUGACCAGUAUUAAUAUAAAGUGGAUGCUCUUGAAGCACUUGAAAUUUGUAACUUAACAUUAAUUGGGGGUAUGUCACCUCUUGUAACAACAUUUGACAAUAAAGUUAUUAGUAACAAAAA